GGCGCUCCGCUCGGGGUGGGCCGUGAGUCACCACACACCGGAUGCAGCCAGGCCUUCCGCGCACCCUGAACUCUCGGCGCUCGGCCCCUCCCUGGUCCCGCGCGUGUUUCAGUACUCGGCGAUCAGGUACUCCUCCCCGCCGUCCUCCAGCACCUCAGCCGGCGCCCUCCUCCUGGCAGUGCCCGGGCCUGCCUGCCUUGGGUCCUCCAACUCGUCCUCGGGGACGAGGACCCGCAAGUCCAGCCCAGCGUUCCAAGAGCGCUCGCCUCUCCGGCGGUGAGCAGGUGCCCACCCCGCCCCCCUGCCUGGGCGUUUCUCACCCUCCUCCCCACUAAAAUAAGUAAAUAAAACGAAAUCAAAAAGGGGAAGACUGCCAGGAAGAAGAUGUGCACAGACCGUAGUUUUGAAUUUAUUCGAAUUUAUAGUUUGGGGGCGAAGAAUGUAAAUGGCAGAAGAGUUUAAGGACUAACUGUGUUCUGAAAGCAGGAGGGCGACAUGUAAAUGUUAACAUGUACAUGUUAACAUUUCCAAGGAAAGAGAUGGUCAUCGAUCCCCCCGCCCCCCAGCUUGCAACGCACAAAAACACACAUUCACAAAAAAACACACAUUCGGGUGGAGCUAGAAGGAAUUGCAGAAAAGAAGCUGAGAGCAUACCGGGCAUUCAAAUGUGGUCCUCAAAAGCCAACUAAGCUUAGUCUCUGAAGGUCUCAGCGCAAGAUGGGACCCUCCACUCUCCUAUUUACUGAUGGGAAAGUUGAGGUCCAGAGUGGGUGGUUUGUCCACAGUGAUGCACCUGAUUCUUGGCAGAGCCAGAUCCAGGAGCCUGAACUCCAGUUCCUAGGCAUCGUUUAUAAAUAAUAAAAUAUGUGCUUGCCAGCCUGCAUUCCCUGGCCCACAGCAGUGCAACUGAAAGGGGACUCCUGGAAGUCCUAGGACUUGAACAUAACCCUGAGUAAAAGGUUUUAGACACCGCCUCAUCAUGUGUGAGGGACUGAUGGAGAGGUAUGUGGCUGCCAUGGUGCUGAGCGCAGCUGGAGAUGCCUUAGGGUACUUCAAUGGGAAGUGGGAGUUUCUUCGGGAUGGAGAAAAGAUUCACCAGCAGCUGGCCCAGCUUGGUGGGUUGGACACCAUAGAUGUGGAGAGGUGGAGAGUCAGCGAUGACACAGUAAUGCACCUGGCCACGGCAGAAGCUCUUGUGGAAGCUGGGAAAAUCUUGGAUUUGGUUCACCUAUAUUCCCUACUUGCUAAGCAUUACCAAGACUGCAUGGGAGACAUGGAUGGCCGAGCACCAGGGGGUGCUUCAGUGCAGAAUGCCAUGCUCCUGGAGCCAGACAAGGCCAAUGGCUGGAGGAUUCCCUUUAACAAGCACGAGGGCGGCUGCGGGGCUGCCAUGCGUGCUAUGUGCAUCGGUCUCAGGUUCCCCCACCACAGACAGCUGGACACGCUGAUCCAGGUGAGCAUCGAGAGUGGCAGGAUGACCCAUCACCACCCUACAGGCUACCUGGGAGCUCUUGUUUCUGCUCUUUUUACAGCCUAUGCUGUGAACAACAAGCCUCCCAGGCAGUGGGGAAAAGAAAUGAUGGAGGUGCUACCAGAAGCUAAAAAGUACAUUAUCCAAUCAGGCUACUUUUUGGAGAAGAAUCUUCAACACUGGUCCUACUUCCAAGACCAAUGGGAAAAAUACCUAAAACUUAGAGGGAUUUUGGAUGGCAAAUCAGCCCCUACCUUCCCCAAGCCCUUUGAUGUGAAGGAGAGGGAUCAGUUCUAUACCUCCGUGAGCUACUCUGGCUGGGGUGGCAGCAGUGGACACGAUGCCCCCAUGAUUGCCUAUGAUGCCAUCCUGGCUGCAGGAGACUCCUGGAAGGAGCUUGCCCAUCGAGCCUUUUUCCAUGGUGGAGACAGUGAUUCUACAGCUGCUAUUGCUGGCUGCUGGUGGGGAGUUAUGUAUGGUUUUAAAGGAGUGAGUCCCUCCAACUAUGAGAAACUAGAAUACAGAAACCGGCUGGAAAAGACAGCCAGGGCUUUGUAUUCUCUUGGGUCAAAGGAAGAUACUGUAGUUACCCUUUAGAGAGAUGUGACAUCAUUUCUCGUGGUUUCUCCUCUUAUGUAGUCCAGUUUCUUUUCAUUUUUUCCAAAGUCAAGAGUUUUAACCUUGUACCCCAGGAAUUUUGAGGUAACAUAUCCCUUGAGCACCUGAAGCUUGUCUUUCCAAAUUCAUCCUGUCCCCCCUGACUCUGUCCCUCUUUCUGUCCUUUAUCUCAGUUGAUAGAAGUCAGUAUCUCCCCAAGCUAGAAGUCUCAUGGCCCCAUAUUUGAGUCUUCAUUUUCAUCAUCUAAUCUUUCACUAAGUUUUUUCUGUGUGUUUCAGGUUGAGUUCUCCAAAAGUGGACUUUGAGACAAAGAUUCAAUAACAAGUAGUUUAUUUGGGAGGUGAUUCCAGGAAGCCCUGGUAGGAAAAUGGGAAGUGAGACAGGGAGGAGAAGGGAGGGAAGCCAGCACAAGGUGUGAUGAGCAGGUCAGCACUCUGGCCAGUUGGGACUAGUCCAUCUGGGUUCUCUGUAAGGCACUCCUCAAGAGUUGUCCCACCCAAGGGGCAAGCAAACCUGGGGUGUCCAUCCGUCACCUUCCAUUUGGCAUUGGUUGAGGACCACUCCUAGGGACGCUAACUCCCUGGUACUUCUUGGCCUGUCUUUUGUGCAAGCCAGACACAAAUGUCUUCAGGCAAAGACUCAGAGGUGCUUGCAAUGGCAAGCUGUACGGUGCAUGGGAAGAGUGAAGGAGGUAUGUGGGGUCCCAAUAGCAUCUGCCAGAUGGUCUGCCUCCUAAAUGUCCUUCACAUCUGUUACUCUUUUACUUUCUUGCACCAGUAUUUUUCAGUUGGAUUUCUGCAGUCUCCCCAAGUCUGGGGAGAUGCUGCUCCAAGCUGUACUCUGUACUUUGCUGGCCAUGACACUUAACGAAUUGCCAGUUUUGUUGUUUUCUCUUGGCUUGUCUUUACUUUCCUCUAGACACAACCUAGCAAAGUGCCUGGGAACAUGGGAGGUACUUGAUCAGUAUAUAUUAAAUGAAUGUUGUUAAUUACCUCCUGUCUGGUCCCUUAAUUCCAGUCUUGCCUUCCUCCUUGCCCUCCAGAGUUAUCUUUACAAAUCAGUCAUGCUGAACUUCUAAUCAUGUUCCAAUGAAUACUCACCCCCUUUCUCCAUUUCUUAAUGCUCUUCCCUCUCCUUUUCCACCUGGUAGAUGUUUACUCAUCCUUCAAGCCCCAGCUCAGGUAGAACCUUCUGGGUGAAACUUGCUGUGAUUAUUCGGGCACUUGGCCACUUUCUCCUCAUAUACCCACAGCCUUCUGUCUCCAGGCUUGUCACCACACUGGUCCUGUUGAGUGGUGAUUGGGUGUCUUCUGAGGACAAACUCAGGUUCCUUGUGAGGAAUUAUCUUAUUCUCUUUGUGGCCUGUCUGCUGGCCCAUGAGAGACAUUCAAUAAAUAGGAGGUUCAUCAAA